AUGGACAACAGCGGCGCGCCGGAGUGGGAUGCCGGCGCGUCUGAGCCCCACAGAACCCCAAGUCCGCAACAUCGUGGAUCUGCCGACGACUUGCCCGUCACAUUUGCCUUGGUGCAUCGUCCUAAGCCGUCCGAUUUGGAUACCAGCGUGCCACAUGAUUUUAAGACGGAGCGCGCCGGGGCGGCUAGCAUUUCCAGUCCCAUAGAAACCCGCCCCGCCAGUAAAAUGACAACAACUGUCCCGAAAACAGCCCCGUCCCAAAACCACAUCACGGCCACAACAGCCGCCAUUGACGUUGCAUCCAUUCUUCAGAACAGCCACAGCCGGUACAGCCAAGCACAGUUUGACGAGGAGAGUGCCCACGGCGACGGCGAAAACCAGGGCGAUCCCUGCGACCAUCGUGACCACGCCGAUGAUGAUGGCGACCACGAUCUUGGUUUCGCCCUUGACGUGGAUCUGGAACAUGACUACGUCCUCGCCCGGGGUGGCAGCAGGCAGCAUGCAACUGCAGGCAGCAGGAACGACAGCGGCCUGUCAAGACGGCCGACAAAACGCCACCACGUUCCCGUCAAAGUCGGGCGUGCGUUUACGAGAAAAGUACAGCACCGCCGUGUUGGGAGCGGCGGCCGCAGCGGCGGCAUGAGUGGCAUCGGCCGGGCAGCGGGGGGUGCUCCCCUGGCAGCCGACGGUAUCGAUCCCGGCCUCGCUGGCGGUGUGCGCCUAGCACCCUCUACCAACGGCAUCAGCGGCCGCCUUCAGCGCUUCCAAGAGACCCGCUACCGCCGCAUUCUGAACCAGCAGCGCGUGCGCAAGGGACGGGCGACCAUGAUGCUGCACCAGCCACAGGCGGGUGCGUCGUCGUAUGACCAGAUUGAAGCUCUCCUUUCACCCGACUACGGUCUGUCUCCGCAAUCAUCUCCGCAACCACUUCGCCGUGUCACCCCCCACAGCGUGUGGACUGCCCUGCAGGCCCUCCCUGGCUUUUCCUUUGACCCCAGCGUCGCUCACUACUUUGAUGAAAGCACAAUCGACACAGACGGCAGCAAUUAUGACCACGGCAUUGCUCGUCUCCUGGGGAACGUCCUUGCGGAUCCUGCCAUUGUCUGCAACUGCGACAAGUCCACCUGUCGCGGCCGCAACGCCGACCUGCCGCAGUUCCUCGUCGUCUUGUUUUCACUCGCCCCGACACUCUUUGUGUGGGCACGGCCAGACGACGGACAAAUGUUGCAGCCGCCGCAGUACCUGCCAUGGAAAGACUCUGAUGUAUUUGGUGCUGACCUUGAGUUUGUCACUUUGGACGCAAGCUGUGGCACGGAAAUGGAUUGGGACAUGCCAGACACGCCAACCGCUUUGGCCACGACUGCGCCAGCGCUUCCCACAUACCCAGACUUUGCCGCUGAGAGCGAUUCGACAUUCUGGACUUGGCUGACCGGUACGCUCUUUGAGCAAUAUUCCAACAAGAACAGCAGCAGCAGCACCACCACAAGAUACGAUAACAGCGACCACGCCAACCCUGACGGUGACGAGCAUGCACCGGGGAUGAUGGAUAAGACGCGGGCACCGUGGAUCACAAGCGCCUACGCCACUCCCAGCGUGGGCCGCUCUGUGUGUGCACUGAUGGAGAUGCUUGUCGACGCACGCCGGCGAUUCUUGGCACACAAUGAAAAAGAAGAACAGCGGCAUGACGACAGCGCCAUGGAGGAGGAGGCGGACGACACGGCCACCAGUGUCGACGUUUUGUAUGCGCUCAUGGCCGAGAUGCCAGCCCUUUUGACCGGCGCCCGUGCCGAGACGCACCCCUGCCGGCGCAGCGGCUCGCCACCGCACGCAUCGCACACAUCACUCGACAACACCUGCAACGACCCCAUCUGCUACGAGGGCGACCUCAGUCUUGGCCGCGUGGCGCCCAUGUCCUGCUGCCCGCUGCAUGACGAGCGCGUCGGCCUGGCCGUCGACGUGUGGUGCCUGUGGCUGGACCAGGGCCGUCGCACGCUGGGGCAGUCCGAGGCCCCCGCCUUCACCUCGCCGUCCACGCCGCUCACCCAGCCGCCGCAGCGAACACAGGCCGCUCUGGUCGCGUGGAAGCAGCAGCUCGAGAGCCGGGUCCGCGCUCAUGAGAAGGCCACACACGAGCAGCUGCAACAGCGCUAG